CAUUUUCGAAGCGUUGUUGUGAAUCCAAUAUGGCGAUAUUUGAUGUUACACUAUUUUGAAGUUUCAGAAGUGCAUAUGAUUUUAUACAAAUGGGAGUUAAAUAAUCUAUUAUUCGGGUGCAAUAGAUUAGCGCCUUGAUAAUUGAUUCAAUUGUUGAAUAUACUCGUUAGAGCGCUGACUAUCAUGACAGACACGAAACGAAGGGUAAAGCUUUACGCUCUGAACGCUGACCGACAAUGGGAUGACAGAGGAACGGGACACGUUACGUCGUGUUGUGUGGAAAGAUUGAAGGGUACUGCCCUGCUGGUGAGGGCAGAAUCUGAUGGUUCCCUUUUGCUGGAAAGCAAAAUACAACAGGAUACAGCAUACCAAAAACAACAAGACACACUUAUAGUUUGGUCAGAAGGUGACAACUUUGAUUUAGCACUAAGUUUUCAAGAAAAAGCAGGCUGUGAUGAAGUUUGGGAAAAGAUAUGUCAGGUGCAAGGGAAAGAUCCAUCAGUUGAAAUCACACAAGAUAUUGUUGAAGAAUCAGAAGAUGAGAGAUUUGAUGAAAUGUCAGAUAAUGUACAGCCAGUAGAGUUGCCAACAUGUGAGAUGGGACGUCUAGAAGACAUCAGUGAACUUGUCAACAGUUGCUUGGUGUCACCUGCACGCAAAGACAAACUUGCAGCUGCAUUAGAAAGCCAGCAUUAUAUAAAAAAAUUACUUAAUCUAUUUCAUAUGUGUGAAGAUAUAGAAAAUAUUGAAGGAUUGCAUCAUCUUUAUGAAAUUUUCAAAAGUAUAUUUCUUCUAAAUAAAAAUGUGCUUUUUGACACAAUGUUUGCUGAUGACACUAUAUUUGAUGUGGUCGGCUGUUUAGAGUAUGACCCGAGUUUGCCACAACCUAAAAAGCACAGAGAAUAUCUUCGGGAACUAGCAAAGUUUCGUGAGGCAAUCCCUAUUAAGAAUCAAGAUUUGUUAGCGAAGAUACAUCAAACAUACAGAGUACAGUAUAUUCAAGAUAUUGUCUUGCCUACACCAACAGUUUUUGAGGAUAAUUUGCUUAGCACAUUAUCUAGUUUUAUAUUUUUCAAUAAGGUAGAAAUAGUGAAGCUUAUAGAAGAAGAUGAGAAAUUUUUAACUGAUUUGUUUAAACUUCUUAUGGAUGACAAAACUCCAGACACAAAGAGACGUGACUUAGUUUUAUUUUUAAAGGAAUUUUGCAAUUUUUCACAAAAUCUACAACCUCAAGAUAAGGAUACAUUUUAUAAAACCCUAGUUUCACUAGGCAUUCUGCCAGCAUUAGAGAUAACUCUAAGUAUAGAUGAUCAGAAGACGAAGACUGCAUCUAUAGAUAUUUUAACUUAUAUAGUGGAGUUUUCACCCUCUGUUGUGAGGGAUUAUACAUUACAACAUGCUAACAACACAGAAGAGGAACAUAUGCUGCUAAACAUAGUAAUAGAGCAAAUGCUUCGGGACCGUGACCCUGAACUUGGAGGUGCAGUACAACUGAUGGGGGUGUUACGUAUUCUCCUUGAUCCUGAAAGUAUGCUUGCAUCUGUUAACAAGAGUGAAAAGGCAGAUUUUCUUAAUUUCUUCUAUAAACACAGUAUACAGACCCUUAUAGCUCCAUUACUAGAAAAUACGACAGGAGAUAAACCAUUGAGGGAAGAUUAUCACACCGUACAACUAUUGGGACUUGUCUUGGAAUUACUAUCUUUUUGUGUUGAACAUCAUACAUACCAUAUCAAGACCUGCAUAUUGAAUAAGGAUCUUCUACGCCGCAUACUUGUGCUCAUGCGAUCCACGCACACAUUCCUGGUGCUGGGCGCGCUUAGGUUUAUGAGGAAAAUAAUUGCGCUCAAAGAUGAAUAUUAUAACAGGUACAUCAUAAAAGGAAAUCUUUUUGCACCCGUUGUUGAUGCAUUUCUGCGGAACAAUGGCAGAUAUAAUUUACUGGACUCUGCUGUAUUAGAAUUAUUUGAAUUUAUCAAGUUAGAAGACAUCAAGUCACUUUGUUCGCAUGUUGUGGAAAAUUAUGGGAAAAUCUUAGAAGAUGUGGAAUACGUACAGACAUUCAGAAGUUUAAAGAUGCGGUAUGAUCAGCACCAGGACAAAUUAACGAAAGAGAGAGAAAGAGUUAGCGGCAGUGUGGGUGUGGCGGAGGCGGUGGUGCCGUCAUUGCUGCGUACGCGGUAUAGGCGCGAGGCGCGCGCGCCCGACGACGAGGAGGAGAUGUGGUUCAAUGACGAGGACGAGUUGGACGACGAAGCGCCGCUCGACGCCGCCCAACCGCACGCGCAUGCGCACGCUCACACGCACCACUCCCUAGACGCCAUCGGGAAAAUUGUGGAAAAGAAAGUGUGCUCAAGUCCAGAAAACGCAAACGGUCCGAGCAGAGUGUUACUGAGCACGACUGCAGCCAGCAAGCCUACGCACACUGAUGUUCAGGUAUCUUCGCCCAGAUUACUCAAUAAGGGUCUGGUGGAUUACGACGGGGACUCUGAUGAGGAGGAGGAAGGCGGCGGGGGCGGAGGUGGCGGCGGCGGUGGCGGCGGCGGCAGCGGCGAAGAGCGCGACGCCAAGCGACCGCGCCUGGCGUAGUGCUCGCGUGCAUUCCGCUCUCCCUGCAUACUAGUUUCAAGGAAUAUAACUGAGCUCUCCGCCCCGCCUCGCUACUGUGCAUUACCCAGUGACGCGAAGGAAUACCGUAAGAAAACGUUGUGGUAUUCCAGGAAUAGGGCGUGUUAACGAGAUGACAACACGGUUUGACUGAGCUAUAUAAACAAACAUUGAAUUUUCUUCAUAUGAUGUUGUGAGAGAAGUCAUUCUUGUUUUGUAUCAAAACGUGAUGUCGAGUCCGUGGAUCAGAUUAUAUGGAUUUUUAUUUUGUAUCUAGAAAUAUUGAGACAAAACUAGCAUUAAAUAUGUGUUAAAUAUAAUAUCUGGUGAGCCAUAUAGACGGAUCCAUCUCGACUUAUCAUCUCUUUAAAAUACCCUCGAACAGGGAUGCAAGGUUGUGUUAACUAAAGAUAAAAAUUCUAAUGAAAUUAAUUUCAUAUGUGAAUUUUUAUUUUUCUAUUUUUGGUAAUUUAUUAUUACAUUUAUUUAUUAUUCAAAAUGUGUAUGGUGUAAUUGGAGACCAAAAAUUUACAUGUAAUAGUCAAUUUUAUGUGUGAAAUCUGAGAAAUUAGUUACUUGAAAAAAAAAUACUUUAGAAUUGUUUUAGUACGUUUGAUACAAAGCUAGCAUUUUCGAACAUCAUUGAACAUAUGAAGUUAAUGCAACAUUGAGAGUCCUACACGAAUAGCUGCUAGACUGUACUUUUAGUCGGGUUACGUCCAUUUUAUGUAAAU